CAGCAGAGAGCAGACCCUUUCCGGAAGCCGGCUUCGCCGCACGAGUCGGCGACUCGCCGCUCGGCUGUUCUCCCGCACGGACAGAGCGACGCAGGCCGGCGUUGGUAGCGGACGGUCGCUGCUCACGGCUUGCCGGUUCUUCUUCCCACCGGCUGAGAGGGAACGGCGGCACGCAGCAGUGCAGCAGCAGUUGCGGCGCAGAAGCGCCGGCGCGCGCGUGGCUCGCGCGUGCAUUCGCCUGCGUCGGAGCAUCUACGAACGACGCAGCUGUGCGGGCCGUGCGGGCCGCUGCGCCGUCGUCGCCCAAGUGCCGCUCAAAAACAAGGUGAAGGCCGGAUCAGCACGCGCGACGACACUGCUGCAGCUGCCGCUCACCGACACGGCAGUCCUCCCGUGAUGCUUCGGUGCGCGGCGUCGUCGACGUCAUGACGCAGCAGGACGUACCGCGCUGGGAGUCGCACGUUCUGUGCGUUCCCGGCGCCGCCGGCAUCGCAGCACCAGCGCCGGAAGAAGAGUACAGCGGCGGCAGCGCAGGCGGCAGUUACAGCAGCGACGCCACCAGGCUGGAGUCAUCCAUCGGCGAAGAGGACUCCGACUCAGGGAGCUGGUGGUCCUACCCGUCCGAGUGCGGCUCUGUGGUCGAACUGAACAGAGCCGCGGCCGGAGUCACCAACGGUUUCGCCGGCAACAAGCACCACGAUCAUUCCGAACCGCAACCUAACAACUGCUCAUCGACAACGCCUUCGAAUCAUGUCACUGCUUCACCAGCGGCUCCCGUUGAUGCCGUUAUUGCAACCGCAGUCAUCUAUACCGACGCCUACAGAAAAGGCCCCGGUUGUAAUCCCCGCGGAGGUGCAGUGAUAUUGCCUCCUUCGCCGGAACGGGCUCCCAAGUCACGGUGUGUCAACGGCCGUUCGCGAACUGUGAGCGACGACAACGCGCAGGUUUACAACGUCGAUAAUCACCGAAGCGGUGGGCAUGGACCGAACGCCCAAAACCAGCAGUUUGAAGCUCCGGCGUGUCGCGCCUCCGUCGCCGGCGGCGAAGGAUCGCCAACAGCUGACCGCCACAACAACCAGGUGAACGCCGGCGGCCACGCGCUUCUGAAACCGGCGGGCAAGGGCGUAAACAGCGGCCGAGCCGCCACGAUCCGCAAAAGCGCACUCGCGACGGAGACCCGACACAGCGCGCCAUCUAUCGUGCGGCACGUCACAUUCAAGGACCUCUCAGCGUCAUCUGGUAGCGACGACGAUGACUACUCGAGCGGGCAUGGUCGAAAUCGAAACUCCGCUAGUUACCAUGGGGACGAUCAACAGAACAACGCCGAGGCUGACCUGGAUGACUCGGGUUACUUGGACGGGGACAGCACUUCGAGUUCGAGCGACAUCUCGCCCCCCAGCAGUCUGAGCUGGGAGUCGGCGAUCGAUAGCUCGCGCAAGAGCCACGGCCGCUCGGCGGACCAGCAAUGCUUCGUCGACAGCGGCGGUGGCGGCAACAGAAACGGCACGCAUUCACCUCCCGGGCCUCGAUGUGAAAGCCGCGCAGGAGUGGCUGAAGAGCGCCGGACCAAAAACAUGAACGGCACGCACCGCGACAGCGACGGUAACUCUACGUUGAGCUUUGUGCAGACGGAGAUUUGCGUGUCACAGAGCGUGCGGCGCGAGGACAGCUACGAGUACUACCGGAACGGAACGCGCAUUGCCAAGCUCAACAACGUCAAUCAGACCUCUUGGAGUGAAACGAGUAGCACCGAAACUACGGAGCGAUGCACGCCCCUGGUGAAAAGCAGCGACGUCGAAAAAACCGUGGUUCGAGAGCAGACGACACCGCAGCCGAAACCGCGCAAUAGCCAAGCCGACGAUGCAGCCAAGACAAGCGCUCCGCCGCAGCCGACUCGUCGGGUGCUGCCCUCUGUGGACGGAGUGCGUAAGCGUCAACCGGAAGGGGCCACCCAGAGGCGCCAAUCGGCAACGCGGGAAAGUGGGAAGCAGAAGAAAGAGAGCGCCGGCGGCGGUGGAGUAAGGAAUGUCGGCGGCAGCGUGAACCCAGCCGUCGUCUCCAGUGCGGCCAACGACGCCUGUCAGCAGCGCGAGUAUCAUCGCUGGAGGCAGCAGAAGACGCCGCAGCAUCCUAUCGCCGACGACGAAGGCACGUCGUGCGACUUGGAAGACGAAGAAGAGCAAGAAGGCGUCGAAAGUGAAUUUCUCGAGGAGGAAGAUGUGAGUUUUCACUUGGAAAGCCCGCCGGCCGCGCACCACCACAAACAACGAGCGGGAACUGUGAGCGCGACAGCAACCUCGCGCGCCGUCGCGCGAUCCCGCGGCGGUAGCACGACGGAGCCCAGCCGCGCGUCCGCCCUGGCAUCAGUGCGGGCGCAGUCGCGUGAUCCGUUCCUCGCGCUGGCCGUAGCCACAGCGAAAGCAGCAACCACGGCGAGUGCCGAAGCGUCGCGUGAAAUCUACGCCGGGUGCAAGCAGUUUGCUCCUCCACCAGAUCUGGACGUCGUAGUACGCACGGCCUGCUCGGUCGGCGGCUCCGAAGAUGCCGUCGACCGGGCCAGGCACGCGCGAAGCCAGCCUGUGGAGGACGUUGUCUCCGUCUCAUCGUCACCGGUUUACAAACCCUCAUCGGCGCGCUCCGACGUCCGGCUGCCGACUCCCGUGCGCUACAAGGAGUUUUCGUCGCUACACCUCAAGAAGUCCGGCGGUAGCAGGGAACAUGUGAACGGUCAUCACAAAGAAGGUGACGUGUCUCCUCUUUUGGAACGCGAGCCGCUGCCCUGCGAGCAACGUUCAUUUCACGUUCAUUCGAAUAUUUUGCCGAGCAGAGUUGACAGUUCGCCCCCGACAAGUUCGACGCCGUCCCCCGUACUUCUUGAAGAUCGUGUUCGUGUACUACAAACUCCUGUGAAGAGCAACGCCGUCAUCGUUGAUAACAUUCCCGACUCAGAUGACUGCGACGGUCCGCCCAUAACAAGUACACCGAAAGUCAGCAAUGGUCACUGCAGCAACAAAAGGCCAGCUACUCUCCCUGUCAACGGAAGAACGGGCCCAGUGUCUCAUCGCAAGCCGCCGCCUGUUCCCCAGCAGCAAAAACAGCAAGCCUCGCAGCCGCUUCUUCUUCGGCCACCCAAGCCAGUGCCCCCGCCCCGAUCCCGGUCUCCACUCGAUCCAGCCGAGCACCUCGAACGCAUCACGGGCUAUGCGACGGCGCGGCGGCUAGCUCAGACACUACCGAAACCUCAAGUUCAACUGCCCGAACCACACAUGUCGCCAGCUACUGGUCGCCUCGUGUCGUCGCGGCGACGAUUCUUCGAGAAUCUCCAGCGGCAGCAGGAGCAGCAGAAGCGCCCCAACGACGCGUCCGCUGCUCCGUGCACGACAGCCGAAGAGUCGGCGGAGCGGCUGCUCGGAUUCCGCGCUAGCGCGCAGGCGGCGCGCGAGAAUCUGGCCAAGAGCUCGCCAGACCUGGCGGCGCUCGAGGCGGACGCUUGGCGCAGCCGCAGGCUGCACGAUCGAUGGCCGCCUCCUUCGACGGAGCCGCAGCAUGCACCGCGGCAGGCGACAGGAUCCGAACCGAUCGGCAACGCCGCAGUGCUGCCGCCCCGGAGCCCGGCGCCGGCCGUGCAUCCAGACAAGUUCAACCGGCUCGUCGAGCAGACGCGCAGCCGCUACGCACGACGCCGCUGCGGACAGCCCGCGCACGAUGAACGUCGCCGCAGCAGGAGCCUCGGCUACCUCGAGACGGACGUGGACACGCUCUGUUGUCGCCAGGUGAAAGCCUCCAUCUGCGCUGCCGAAGGUGCCGAAGAAGACACCGCCCAGAACUGCAGUGACGGAGCAGACGACAGCUACUUGAACCGCACACGCAGCAUGGACCGCUUCCUCGAGGACGGCACCGUGGGCUGCCCGCUGCUGGGCGACGAACAGCGAACCAAGUCCGAACACGAGCUCCGCAUCGAGCGCUCGCUCCAGAAGUUAGAGCUGCCCGAGUGGUACACGCGGCGCGCCAAGCAGGCCGAGACGGGCAUCCUGCGGGCGCGACGCGACUCCGUCUCCUCCACGGGCCGAUCCGGCUGGCAAGGGCUGGGUAGCCGUACGCCUUCGACCGCGAGCCUGGCAGCCACCACUCCAGAUAGCCGCAACCUGGUCAUCCCCAAGCGAGUGACAGCGCCAGACUGGCGAUGCUGGCAUGCGUCGCGCGAGUCCCUCACGUCCAGUCCGGGAUCGCACGACGGAGGCGGUUCCCUCAGCCGCUGGGGAAGCGUGAGCAGUGCCCCUGCAGCGGCCUGGUCCUACCGAUCCAUGCGGCAGCCGUACCUCGGCUGGCGUGCCGCUCCCAGUACCGGUACCACGACUCCACUGUCUUCCGCUGGCAGCCGACCCGUGUCUCCCGGAGGCGGCUGGACUACGCCGUCGGCUCUCGAGUACGCCCACCAGCAACAGCAUCAUCAGCAACAACAGCACUACCAGCAGCAGCUACAGGAACAGCAAGAGCACCGACAGCAGCAGCAGCAGCAGUCGGCGUCGCCGUGUAUUCCUCGGGACCGCUACUCAUACGUUCAAGGCAUCUACGGGGACGGUGGUGGUUGGAACGUGGAACGCGAGGACGAUUCGACGGCCGUCUGCGCCUCGGUGAUCAGUGACGUCGGUGUGCCGUCUACGUCGUCGAACGGUGCCGCCAGACCCGCCGUGUGGAUGGAGUCUUCUUUCGUGGGCUCCAAACCGGGCUCAACAUCUUCCGUGGUGGCCGCUCAGUCGCCCGCCGCGCCCGCGCUCGGUGAGUACGGUCGCAGUGUCGGCAUCACUCUGUGAGCGGCGACGCCACGCCCCAGGCUCUCGUGUGCCCUCCCGUGCACCAUGCCAUCCGGGCCUCGUGAGACGCUCGCAUGGCAAGGUGCCACGGUUGUCCGCCGUCACUAUCAAAAUUUGUCGCUAGAGUACGGAGGUUCAGAUCGACUUUCUCUCGCUUUUUGGCCGAAAAGCUUGUAUUGAAAUUUGUCCGCGACAACUGGCACUCCCAAGCACGCGGCUUCGUACAUAUCGGACUUCGCGUUCCGCAGUAAUAUCACGCUUGCGAAACCUCUUGAAGCCGUACCUCACUCACACAGUUUUGACUACUUGUUGCGAGAGUUCACCUCUUCACGCUAGUGCUUGUUAUUCUUGUGCAUAUUCCAUUUCCUUUUUCCUUUGUGCGACCACGGAAAAGUAUGCUUCGAAUGUCGUAGCGUGGUCAAAAAAGAAAAAAAGACUUCGUAAGAGCUGAAUAAUGAAUGGUUCGAUGCAUAACCUUUUUGCAGAUGCAUCUGAAAUCUUCGGCAGAUUUUAUAAGGAUUAGUGCCAUCAUAUAUUGCAGCCUCGACAUCUGCCGUACGUUUAAUUGAAAUGCACCAUGUCUGACCACAAUCCGGUGCCUCCUUUUAGCUGAGGGUGUCCGUCUUGAAGAGGUUUCACGCUUCCACUGAGUGUUACAUUGUGAGAGCCAUGCUUGAUCAAAGUUAUUGACUGUAGUCAGAAGGAAAAAAAAAAAUGUACUACAGCCCAUCAAAGACUGAGGCGUCGCAAUGCCAGCGCGCGACCUUCAGUACUUUGUGCUUCGCCGUUGGACGGGCAAAAGUUUUAACACAAGUGUGAGGGGAGGGGUAGGGGGGGGGGGGGGUUAGCGUGAAGCUCUCACGUAUCCAGAAGACACACACGUGUUGCUACGCCAGAGCCUGUGCUGAAAGCUCACGCUGUCGCAUUGUUUGGCGUCUCACUCAUUGACGACUGUACAGUUGUGCUGUGUUCCUUGUGAAAGUAUGGAGAAAGUGCAGUGCGGUCAAAUACAAUCUUGCAACGCGCAUACGACAGCAGUACUUCAGUGACGCGUUUGAAUUACCGGCUGUCGCGGACGCCCAUCGGCUGCAAAACUCGAAGAACAACGGUAUCGUUAUUUCCUCAAAGACGUGCUCUCAUAGUGUGACACUCGUCGCAACAAUCCCGGCGUGACUCAUCUGCGGCGAUAUUGGCGGUGACGUUUCUAGCCUCGAGACCUCUAAUCAGGGAUGCCCUACUUGAAGUAGCGACGUUCAGUAAGCUUUCGAACUCCUAUGCCAGGCGAGCCGCGCUUGCGCGAGGGAGAAUGAGUACUGCAUAUUAGCUACCCGCGUUACUUUUUUUUUUCUUCUUCGUUUCGCGAUUGUUUCGAGAAAAGAGUGCGAUUGUUUCUCAGACGUCUCAACGUAUGCCUGUCCGGAAAAAAAUAUAUAUAUAUGAGGGCUCUCAGUUCGAGGAGGUGCAAGCGUCCUAAGCGGUUGUAUCGAUAGCCCCCCUCUCCAAACAUCUAUAGCAUUCGCCGUAUUCGCACAUUCCCGAUAACGCUUCGUGUCAAAAGCGUUCGGUCAGAUCAUCGCAAACGGUCUCGACGCGUGCAUAGACGGCGUCCGCGCAUUUUGCGAGAGGACCGCACGUGUACGCUCGUUGUAUCGGGGAAAACACGAUAAUACUUCUGUAAUGACAUAGGCGUCGCGAGAAAACACCGCGCUACGGCCUCGAACGAAGCAGUUUCCGAAGUUUUGAAAGUGAGAGCGCACAAGCGGCGAAACGAUGGAAACGAAAGUGAAUGAGCAUUGUUUAGACGUUUCUCAUGAACGAGGAAAGAAGCCGCCGUAACAUUGCUCCCUCGAUUCAGAGGCGGCUGUGCGUUUUGGCGCGCUGCUUCCCGCGCCAGUCGUUUUAUAUAUAGUUUCUUUUUAUGUCUUUCCUGUACUGCCACCUGUCAUUGCUACCCUGUCUCGUUGAUAUUGGUGGCUGCCAUGUCUCCUGUACGCGCCCUGCCAAAGAAUCUCAGUAAUGGCUUUGUUUUUCGUUCCUCCUCCAUUCUUUCGUGUACAUACUGAACACAGCUGUCCUGCUUCUUGCUUUAGCGCAUAAUUUAUUGAAGCGUCCUUAUCGCCUUCAUCUAUCAGCCUGCCUGUGCCACUUUUUUUCCCCGUCCGCUGCUUCUGUUCCUAUAGUGGAUUGCGUAAAGUAUACGGUUAUUGUAAGAUGCAGGAAAGCUUACUUCAAAAGCGUAUAUACAAGUUAUAUAGCUACCUGUACCGUGUACGCUUGUUGAACGUGUUUUUUCACGUAUAUACAGUGAGAGUUUGUUCCCGUAUAAAAAGCCAGGACGAAACUGUCUUGUUCGACGCAAAGGAAAAAAAAAAGGUAUAUAUAUAGAUAUAUAUAUAUAUAUAUAUAUAGACACACAUAUACGAUAGCGCCAUAGCCGUCACCAGACUGACGUUUCGGCAGCGUUCUUCCUUGCUGUGCUGGUUUUUUCUUUUUCUCCUACCACAUUGCCUUCAUUGUUCUGGUGAAUUACCCGGGGCAGUAUAGUCGCAUCAGUAGUCGGAGAACAGCUGCGCGUUCGUGCGGCCGCACCUACAUUUUUUUUUUUUUUCGUUUUUCUUUUUCUCGCGUUUUCUUACAAAAGCCGGGAAUUCCCAGGGUCGCCUCUGUAUAACAAGCCCGCAUCCUUCGCCGUUCGUUCUGUCGUAGGUAGGUAGGUGUGGUUUGUAGAAGAAAAGGCGCCUAAUUUCUGCAGCCCGGUCGGGAGCACGGCGCAGCGCCUAACUCUGUCGUCCUUCGCCGGACGACUGCCGGCGGUUUGAAAGACAAGCCCCCUCACUCCAAGCCUUUAUCAACAUCAUACUGCCUCAUGCUCUUGCAUGUUUACUAUUAUUAUUAGUAGGGAGAAAGAAAAAGUUAGUUCGUAACGCCGCCUUUUUUACGCCGCAAUUCGAGGCACAGGUUGAGAACAAAGCCGCCGCAGUAGCAGGUUUUUUUUAUGACGUAAUCAAAAGCAGCUGUCUAGUGCUGUAGGUUUUUGAGAGGUGUUUUGGGGCGUGAAGGUUGCGAUGGUUCGCCCAUUGGUCAGGCAAACAUUCGAGGUCGUUCAAGUGACAGUACACGGCACAUUGGAAGCGGCUGCCUCUUUGCCUUACGUAACACUCAAUCCACUCCGCGCUUCCCUUUACCGUGUUUCUCGUUUAUUUUUUCCUCCUCCUUAAUGUCUAUCAUCACUCGCAUAACGUAUGCCACAGCUUCGAUCGUCGACUCGACCAGCGAAUCAGCCAAAACACUUGACAGCGUUGAGAAACGCCUCUCCGCAAACUGCCCUAACGCAGGAACCUGUGAAAGCAGCCGGUGACCGCUGGUCACGUAUACUAUAUUCGUUUAUCGUUCGAGCCUAUAGUCGGCGCCGAUUUUCGCCUCAGUAGCGUCAGACCUCUAGCCUAGCCACUUUCCGACUUCGUAGCCUCGCAUCAGCAACGGCGCUGAUCGAAAAGUUUUCCCGUAAUGUAUCAUACGGAAGCCCACCCUUCGACACUCUUUUAAGACAGUCGCGCUUUGACGAACGCAGCAAACUAGUGGGACGCGCACUCAGGACGUUGCGCUGUGGUGUCAGUUCUGGGCGACGGCACAAAGUUGUAGUACGGGAUAGACGGUAGACGAAGUAAACGCUGUCUUGAGUCCCCCCCGUUCAGACGGACUCAAGGUAGCGCGCGCCUUCACUGCUUCAAGGCGCAGUCCCAAAAACAGUAGAGAUGCGAAACCAUUAUCUCUCAUGGGCAUUACGCUCUAACAUGCGGGCUUCCACUUAAUGUGAAUAAUUGCCAUUCUUGAGAACGCUGUUCCCUUCGAUAGCUGCAUUGCAGAAUGCGCUUUUGACACUAAGGUUUCCGCGUGCCAGCGUUGCUCACUGCGUACGCGGAAACGGCGACGAUUAUUUUUGUGCGUUAUUCUUAAAAGGUACGCCUGAAGAAACUUUUCUUCUAUAUACGUACGUAAGUUUAAUAAAAUUAUUAAUGCGGUGUUGCGCUCUGCGCUGGGUCUUUAUUUCUUGCGUUCCCUAAAUAUGGGUCCAAGAUCGCUUAAGUACUACGUUAAAAUUUGAGUCUAUACUUACUUGUUUCCAAUGUUCUAUUAGCUUAUUUCCUGUAUCGUCUCCUGGCGCAUAGAAUACAGCAACCGCAUUUGAAGCACUGAGAAAAGCCGCUGCCCGUAAAUUUUUUCGCUGCAUCUCUCAGGUUUUCCUCGUGGAGGUUUACCCUCAUUCUCGCAUCCUAUCGCGGCCUUGGUGCUUCUUCUCGUCCUUCUAUCUUAUCUGCUGUUAACCAGGCCAGGCGGGCCGGUUCGAAAGUGUGUUCGCAUACCGUUAUACGGAGUGGCUUGAGUGCUUUCUUCUUCUUUUCCUUUUUUUUUUUUUACGAUGUAUUACGUUUUUCUUUUUCACGAUGUUUUUAAGAAAGAACCAAUUUUUAUCGCAAGAGCAAGUCAGCUCGCUUUCUUAGACUUUGUAAAAGAGGCAGCCUGUUUAUACCCUUAUACAUGCAUACGCUGCUUAUACUUAUGAUACACGCAUAGACAAGCCGUCUAUGCCGCGUGAAUGUCUGAACAGGACGUUAUUUUUACGAGGGUGCUUUAUUUUCGAAAGCGCAAACCGAUAGUCAAAAACCUCCGACUGUGUCGCAAUUAUUGGCUCACUCUCCUCGCAAAGCCUCUUCCAAGCCGUAUAUCCCUCCGUUUAGCUACUCCGCCACUUCCGUACACCCUAAAACAAAUAGAUUUAAGAAAGAAUGUAAAAGUGAAGAACCAAUUACGUGCCUCGUGUUCCCACGCGAGAGGCUCGCUCCCGUACCGAAAACAAACACUCGCGACGACGCCAUUACCUUGUAUACACACGCGUGCGAUGCCCUGCUCAAGUCGCCCGCGUUUAGCGGCGCAUUAACGGUAUAGGAAAGGGGUGCUUCGUCCCUCGUAGUACUACUACCGCUUGUUGGCUACUGUUUGUCCGGACCCACUCGCCCCGACCUGCACGCUCGCUGGCUUCCUAUUUCCACUUCUAACACGACCGCAGCAGAGACGACGCGCGUCGUCUUGGUAUUUACCUUAGCUCUGUUGCAACAAGGGCUAUAGCAUCGCAGAGGCAGCGAACGGAUGAAAGCGUCGGUGUCGUCUCGCCCAAGCGGGCCAUCGACUCGAGCAGAUGUCGACGGAAUAACAACAACAAAAAAAAAAGAGACACAGUAAUGCCAACCCGGAGCGCGAGCACUUAGCACUUGCGCGCUUUCUCUGCUGUUUUGUGUUGCGACCGAUCGCGUUGUAACGUUUUUCUCUACCCCCUGGCUCUUUCUGUUUCUUCGUUCUCGUUGGCGUGUAUGUGUGUGUGUUCACAUUUCCGCGAAGUGCUGAUCCUGCUUUGCGACUUGGCGGCUGACGACAGGAGAAGCGUAUGAGACGGGUUGAGGCGCUAAGGACAGUGAAUCGUGGCUUCCUCCUGACGUCGGCCGCUAACGAGCCGUCGUCAUGUUGUUGUUGUUGUUGUUUUUGUUUUUGUUUGCCGCUUCUCUCUUCUGACUGCUGUGUCUGUAUGUAUGUACCUGUAAAUGGGCGCGCUAUUCGUCUCGGCCGCACCCCCGAUGCCGUUAAUAGCGCAGUGCUGCUGGCUGUAUAGCUUUCGGGCGUGGCGGCAGAUUCACUUGAGCCUAUAGCCUAAUAUGAGAGGACAAGAGUGCAAGCGCUUUCGCGCGAAUUCGGCCAACACAAGGGUGCCACGGUCAGUCUUACGGGACGUAAUUAAAAGAAACAAAAUAAAUAACGCGAUCGUUCCUUAGUCUUUAUUAAUCGUGCGCACGAGUUCUGCUCUUUUCUCGCCACGCCGAAAAGCAACACGAAAGCCGCGCUCUAACGGGCACCGUGUGUGUGUUUUAGGCCGAAGGGAAUAGCCGUGUUGUGUAUACUGCUGCUCGUGUGUCUGGUUGACUGUUAUUGGCCUAUUAUUCUACGUAUGUGCUGCGUACGUUACCUAUACAUAUAUUAUAUACAGCGUGUUUCGCGAGUGAUGAACAAAAAAAAAGUAUAGGGAGUGAAAGAGAUUGUCGCGAGAAAACAAAAGUGAGAGAGAAGCGAGAGAGAGAGAGAGAAAGAACUUGCGUAGUGUAGGGUGUUGCUCACGUGUAUACCCGCAGUUGUUUAUUUUAAAUAAUGAAUAAAAGCCAUAAUUCCCCUUUUUGUUUCCUGUUUUCUGGGGCUGGCGUUGCUGUAAGACCUUGUUCCGUUCUCUCGCUUUCCAUCACUUUUUCUUUUUUACUCUGUCGCCUCUAUUUCAUUUUCUUUUUCUUUUCGUGCGAGUCGAGUCGUAAAGGCAUCUAAUUUCAGCUGACUAUCUCCAGUUCGUCGUUGUUCACUAUAUCCCAUCAUAUCCUCUAGCAUAUCUGUUGUAUACGCUUACGAAGAGUUGACGUUGUCGACAAGUACGCUUACCCAGGACAUUCGGCUACUCACGUGACAUUCAUUUUUUUUUUAAUUAAACCUGCAUGUGCUAUUCACUGAGAGCGGGACAACGCACGAGCGCCCAGAGGACGAUUUCAUUUAGUGUGGCGUUGAAAUACGCAUGCAAGUCCACAACUUGGUAUAACUCUGUAUGCGCUUUCGAAGUGUCCUGGCGAGCCGUGCAGGUUUGGCAUAUCUUUUAAGACGGACGGGUUAUUUCGUCAUCUAUGUGGCCACAAAACACGGUGUACUUGUUGAUCGAUAGUUCCUUAGAACGCAAGUUUUGUUUUUGCUGCUUGUUGACUCGUCGAUUAGCACGUGAACCGACUUCCAUUUAUCUGCCUCCUUUCAUCUUGAAAAUAUCUUCUACGCUUGGUAAGCCAUCUUUCGGAAAUAAAGAUAUGCCCGUCUACUAUAGCUAUUUUCAGUUCAGGACUUCUCGCUUUGCCCUUCAAUAUCCAUCUUUGUAACUGUCUUUGUGCCACCGUCUUCUCACACUGGGCUUCUCUUGUCCGCGUAGCUGAGCAUUGCACGCCCUAUUGUACAUUUGCGUUUACUUCCCUUUAUUUGUUUUUUUUUUCUGAUUUCCUUCUCCUUUUGAGAUACGUGCACUGGCAUAUAAGUUUUGUUGUUCCUUGUGCGUUGUUCUGUGCUUGCUGUAGUACAUAUAUCCUUGUCGUUUCUUAUAUUGCUGCAGCGAUGAUCUAUUGUUACUCCUCCUGCCUUAGUGUAUUUUUACCACCUCCUUCCGUAUACGUUAUACAUCUAUUACGACAGCCCCACGUGAGCUGUACUGUGUACGAGAAAAAUGGAUGAAUAAAAAGGGCUCAGCGGGGCAGAAGGUCAGAUGCCGGACGUUCUGGCCCGCUGCGCCAGUUGGUCG